UUCAUUGAAGGAGCAGUACGGUCAGCAGGAUUGUGGAUCAUAGGAGGUAAGAGACUAGUCUCCAGCGUGAUCAGCAAAUGCGUUACCUGUAAGAAGAUUAGAGGGAAACUUGAGGUUCAGAAGAUGUCAAACUUACCUGCAGACAGACUUGCUUCAGAUCCUCCGUUCACUCACGUAGGUCUAGACGUUUUUGGACCAUGGAACAUCUCUUCUCGCAAGACCAAAGGAGGCAGUGCCGAAAGUAAACGUUGGGCUGUUCUGUUUUCUUGCCUGAGUACUAGAGCAGUUCAUAUUGAAGUGAUUGAAUCUUUAUCCACUUCAAGUUUCAUCAAUGCCUUGAGAAGAUUCUUCUCUAUCAGAGGACCAGCGAAAUUGAUUCGUUCAGACCGUGGCACAAACUUUAUUGGGGCCUGCAAGGAGUUGAAGAUCAUCUCUACAGACUCUGAAACAGGUUCCUAUCUUCAAGAUCAAGGAUGCACUUGGACUUUUAAUCCUCCACACGCAUCGCAUAUGGGAGGAGCCUGGGAGAGGAUGAUUGGAGUAGCUCGUCGUAUUCUGGAUGCCAUGCUCCUGAAGGUUGGGUCUACUCGCCUCACUCAUGAAGCUUUGACUACACUAAUGGCUGAAGUCGUGGCCAUUAUGAACGCCAGACCUUUGGUUCCAGUGUCUACAGAUCCGGAGAUGCCGUCAGUCUUGACACCCGCAAUGCUGCUGACCCAGAAGAUGGAACCAGUGACAGCUCCCUCAGGAGACUUUGACCUCAAGGACUUGUACACCAAGCAAUGGAGACAAGUUCAAAGUCUUGCGGACAUUUUCUGGAAGAGGUGGAGACAGGAAUACCUGGUGACACUCCAGCCACGCAAGAAAUGGCAAGAUGACAAACCCAACUUACAAGUUGGAGACAUUGUCUUAUUAAAAGACACUCAGGCCCACAGGAACGAAUGGCCUAUUGGACUCAUUGUGGGGACUGAUCCUAGUAGUGAUGCUAGAGUUAGAAAGGUUGAAGUUAGAAUUGUUAGACAGGGCAUUCCCAAGGUGUAUGCUAGGCCAAUUUCCGAAGUAGUUUUACUUCUGUCCAAAGGUUAGUGGCAUAACAAAAGGUAUGCCAGGUGGGGAGUGUGCUGCCUUUGCAAUGUAUAUUACAUGCUUGGCACUCAGCAGUGUCUGUUUCUUUAAGACCCUCCAUUUUCUUGAUGCCUAGAGGCGGGUCUUCU